AUGACAUCCGCGAAAAGCUUACUCUACCAAUACAAUGAGGUUUCAACUCUUGCUUCAUCUUUAAACCUUCAACCCGAGUUCAUGAACUAUUUUCAACGUACCAUUGUCGUCUUGGUGAACAGAAUAUUUCUCUGCGCGCUAAUUGGUUUAUUCGGCAUCGUCGCCAAUGUUAUCAACAUCCGGGUAUUCUUGAGCCAAGGACUCAACAACUCCGUCAAUAUUUGCUUCUUGGCCGUAGCCUUCACGGACUUGUUCCGGAUUGUCACCGUGCAGUGGAUGAACGUGUGUUCGAAUCCUUUGAUCGACCAACUGAAUGCACCAAUUAUCUUUCAAGAUAUUCAGUAUCUAACUGGUGGCUGGCCUCAUGCCUGUGCUAUUCGCAUCACGAUAGGAAUCACCGCGUACAUUACAGCCGAGAGAUGUCUGUGUAUCUUGCUGCCUCUGAAGAUCAAGACCUUAAUUACUCCAAAGAGAACUUCUUUCAUCUUGCUUCUCAUCUACCUUUUCAAUUUCCUAGCUCUGGUUCCAGAGUAUGCUACUGUGUACUUUGAUUGGAGAUUUAAUUUAGAAAACAACAAAACACUUCUCGGUCUGGCAUUCCGCGAAAACAGACCUGCAGUUCAAGGCUUGGCUUUCAUGUUCCACGGCACAAUAUCUAUGAUUUCGUUAAUUGCUGUGAUCGCUUUUACCUCCGUUUUAGUCGUCAAGCUCAAGGUUAAUUCAAAAUGGAGAAAAUCGGCUGUGAACCUAAACCUAACACAAACCGACUUGAUAUCCAAUAGAGAUAAAAAUGCAAUAGCCCUUGUCGUUACUGUGGCGACAGUUUUGAUUAUCUGCUACACUCCAAUCGUUAUUUUCUCUUUAGUGUCUACAAUCGUGCCAGAUUUUAGCGUCUCCGGUAGACAAGCCAAUUUAUUUCAUGCCACUUGGUCCUUCGGGUUUUUGUUUUCAACUUUCAAUGCCAGUAUCAACAUUUUCCUUUACUACAAGAUGAGUUCAAAGUAUAGAAAACAUUUUCAUAGCAUUUUCCUUGAUUGUUGUUUUUCGUUCAAGCCUUUAGACUGA